AUGUCUUCAUUUACCGUUCCUGAGAAACGCGAGCAGCUCAUCAUUAUGGCGAAACUCGCGGAGCAGUGCGAGCGCUAUGAUGAGAUUCUCGUGUGCAUGAAACGAGUGGUAAAACUUAACCCCGUGCUCUCUUCGGAGGAGCGCAACCUCCUCUCUGUGGCGUACAAGAAUGUUAUUGGGGCCCGCCGUGCUUGUUGGCGCAGCAUUACUGCACUCGAGCAGAAGGAGGACAUAAAGAAGGAGAAGAAUAUCACUCUCAUCAAGGGCUUCAAGAGGCAGAUUGAGAAGGAGUUGAGUGAUGUCUGCUCCGACAUACUGGAACUUAUCGAAGAGCACCUCUUACCCAAUGCAAGCACAGAGGAGACAAAGGUUUACUACCUCAAGAUGAAGGGUGAUUACCACCGCUACUACGCCGAGAUUGAGACAAACACGGAGGAGCAGAAGAACAAGGCACUUGAGGCGUACACGCAGGCAAUGCAGUACAACUCCUCGUUGAAGCCUACGAGCCCAAUUCGGCUUGGCCUCGCACUCAACUUCUCCGUCUUCUACUAUGAGAUCCUCAAGAGUCCUGACCGCGGCUGCCAGUUGGCCCGGCAGGCCUUUGAGGAGGCUCUCAGUGACCCCAGCGUGCUCGAUGAGGAGCAGCACAAGGAGGCCGCUCUCAUCAUGCAGCUGCUGCGCGACAACCUUGCGCUGUGGACGGAGGAUGCUCACCCGGAGGGACAAGACGACGGCACUGCCAUGGAGGAGCUCGAGUAG